AAGUAAGGAAAAGGGAAGUCCUCUAAUGCUCGUACUCCGUGAGUCCGUGGUAUAAAUAUAGAGGAACACAACACGAUGGAGAUUUAAGAUUUCAUAAUCUAAGCUCAUUCAUUCAUUCUGUUUUUACAGGGAAAAUAAGGCAUAUUUUCGCCUGUCUGUUUGUCUGUCUCCUUUUUAAUUCGUAAACACAAGCAACGUGUUCCUAGAGACCAGAGGGCAGAGAGAAGAAAGAUGGAGAUAGUAGUGGUGAUGAUGGUGGUUUUAAUGAUAAAUGGAGGAGCAUUGGGUGCAGCUCCUAGAAAGGCCAUAGAUGUACCUUUUGGAAGAAAUUAUGCACCAACUUGGGCCUUUGAUCACAUCAAGUACUUCAAUGGAGGCUCUCAGAUUCAGCUUCUUCUUGAUAAAUACACUGGUACUGGGUUCCAAUCAAAAGGAUCUUACUUGUUCGGUCACUUCAGCAUGAAUAUCAAGUUGGUUGCUGGAGAUUCCGCUGGAACUGUCACUGCCUUCUAUUUGUCAUCACAAAAUUCGGAGCAUGAUGAGAUAGACUUUGAGUUCUUGGGAAACAGAACAGGACAACCCUACAUUUUACAGACAAAUGUGUUCACCGGAGGAAAGGGAGACAGAGAGCAAAGAAUCUAUCUAUGGUUUGAUCCAACCAAAGACUUCCAUAGAUACUCCGUUCUUUGGAAUCUCUAUCAAAUUGUAUUCUUCGUGGAUGACAUACCAAUAAGAGUGUUCAAAAAUUGCAAAGAUUUGGGAGUGAAAUUCCCAUUCAACCAAGCAAUGAAAAUGUAUUCGAGCUUGUGGAACGCAGACGAUUGGGCAACAAGAGGUGGAUUAGAGAAAACAGAUUGGUCUAAAGCUCCAUUUGUGGCAUCUUAUAAGGGAUUUCAUAUUGAUGGUUGUGAAGCUUCUGUUGAGGCUAAGUUUUGUGCAACUCAAGGAAAGAGAUGGUGGGAUCAAAAAGAAUUCCAAGACCUUGAUGCUUUUCAAUUUAGACGAUUGAGAUGGGUUCGUUCCAAGUUUACUAUCUAUAAUUACUGUAAGGAUAGAGUUAGAUAUCCAGCCAUUCCUCCUGAAUGUUCCAGAGAUAGAGACUUGUUUUGAUCUCAUUCUUCUUCUUCUUCUUCUUCUUCUUCUUCUUAUUCCCAUUUUUCAGGAUCCACCUUUUUUCUUUUCAUGUUUCCUUUGAAUGUAAUGUAAUGUAAUGUAAUGAUAUACAUUUAAUCAUUACGCAUUAAUUUAUGCUAUUAUUACGCAUGUUAUUAGUAUUUA